GUUCUUCUUCUUCUUGUUCUUCUUCUUCUUCUUCUUAUUAUUACCAUAUACUUACUGCCUACAGUGUGAUUUCAAUCACAAACAACACAACAAACACCCUUGGACCACAAUGUCUGCAGCACCACCCAACGCAACAAAGGACACCCUACGUGAAUGGGUAGUUCCCCAAAUACUCGCACCCUACUAUACCUUCACAACUGGCCCUUGUACAAUACGCCCUGUCACCAAGAGCCUCACUAACGAAGAAACAUGCAAGGCCUUCGGCCAUCUGCUAGCCGCAUGCGAAGCCGGCGACGCCAUGAGGGUGCGCACAAUCCUCGCUGACGAUACCAGGCGACGCAGGAUCUGUUUGUUAUGGGACAAUGCGCGUCAGUUCUACUCGCCAUUAGAUGCGGCGGGGCCCCAUGCUGAGAUCCUGCAGAUCCUCAUCGACAAGAACUUUCACCCGGAACACAUUCAAGAGUCUGACGUGGCCGCGCGGCUCCUAUGCAACUGCAAUCUGACAGCCGCAUCGAUGGACCUUUUGAUCCAGGACCAAAGCUACACUGGGACGCCCCCGGCGGCGGAGUGGUCCUGCAUUUCAUCAGUCCUUCUUUUUGACGGAUUGGAAUCGACAGAAUCGCUGCUGGACUGGUUCAAGUCAAAGGUUGUUUCAGCCAGCAAAACCGGGGGAGGCCGAAGGUUCCUCGUUUACAGACUAGGAAUAGGAUUCUUACCCUUCAUGUUAUUGCUCUACGGGCUGACAAGUCUGUAACCCCCUCCUACCUGCGUAAGGUCUUUUCCAUAACGGUCCAUCAUCGCCCUCCAGUAGUUCUUCUGAGGCGUCUGUUUGAAUGGGUGCCCUACCGCGGGGUAGGGUCGAUAACCAGAAGGUUUUGUACCCUGUAUAUAUCAGAGUUCUCGUCCUAUAAAGACAAGCGGUUGUCAAUGAACUACUCGAGACAACACAUCCAAUAAUAUUUUCGGGGCUGGAGAUCUCAAAGGACUCGCACUCGUGAUUGGCAUGUCCAAAUAUAUAUCUUCAACCAGGCGCAGACAAUCGAUCACAGUUACCAGUCCAGAGUAGUCUCGAUAACGAGACAUUAUCUAACUACUA